AUGUGUAGUCUUUCAUAUAAAUUUAUACGAUCAUUACAUAAUAUGCAUAUAAAAUUACCUUCAUCAUUGAAAGGUAUGACUAAAUUGGAUCGUGAUCAAUUUACACAAAUAAUCACGGUUCCAUAUGUGAAUAUUCCAGUUGAAUGUAUUCAAACAUCAAAAUGGAAAAAUUCUUUACUUAUAUUACAUUCAUUUAAAAAUGUUCGUGAUUUAGAACCAAUUUCAAAAACACAUAAACAAGUUUUAUUUGAUCCAGAUGUUAUUAAAAAUAAAGACGAUAUUAUGAAAACUGUACCAUCAAUAAAAAAAUAUGUUGAAGAAUCAUUUGAUUUUACUUCAAUAACAUUAACAUAUGCAAAUUAUUCAAUUGAUCAAAUUAUUAAAGCUAUUUUACCAGAUGAUUUAGGAAAAGAUAAACCAAUUAAUACAGGUUCAGGAUAUAGUCUUAUUGGACAUAUUGCACAUUUCAAUUUGAAAGAUGAAGUUUUACCAUAUAAACAUAUCAUUGCUCAAGUUGUUCUGGACAAAUUAUCAAACGUGAAAACCGUAGUCAAUAAAUUACAUGAAAUUUAUUCUGUUUAUCGUAAUUUUGAAUUGGAAAUUCUGGCUGGUGAACCAAAUACAAUAGUUAAAUGUCGAGAAAGUAAAGCAAUAUUUCAAUUUGAUUUUGCUAAAGUUUAUUGGAAUCCUCGACUAAGUACUGAACGUGAACGUAUUGUGAAUAUUCUUCAUCAUAAUGAUCUUGUUUUUGAUGUAUUUGCUGGUGUUGGACCAUUUGUUGUACCAGCUUUAAUGCUUGGUUGUACUGUUUAUGGAAAUGAUAUUAAUCCUGAAUCUUUUAAAUGGAUGACUAUAAACUUAAAAAAUAAUCAAUCAAAAAAAUCUUCCAAUCAAUAUUAUGUAUUCAAUUUAGAUGGACGAGAAUUUUUACGAACAAUUGUAUUACCACGUAUAGAAAGUUAUCAACAAGAAGUAAAAAAUGAUAGUGAAAAAAAAUGGUGUUUAUCAAAUAAUAAAAUAGUGAUUUUAAUGAAUUUACCUGAUAUUGCUUUAACAUUUUUGGAUGUUUUACCUGAAUGGUUAUCAACAAAUAUUGAAGAAAAAGAACAAUGGAUAUUACCUAUCCAUAUUUAUUGUUAUACAUUUUCAAAAGCUGAUAAUCGUGAUGAAGAUAUACGAAUGAGAUUAAAAUCAAUUUUACCGAAUAUUAAUGAUGAACAAAUAACAUGUCGAUUUGUUCGACAAGUUGCACCAAAUAAAGAUAUGAUGUGUGUACGAAUUGUUUUUUUCAAUAAGAAGAAUAAUGAUGAAAUGUUAUCAACAGAAAAAAUAAACAAAGAAGACGAUGAAGAAGAAGUUCCUGCAAAAAGAUUUAAACAAGAUUCUUCAGAAUAA